GCCCUAAAUUUCAAAAAUACGGCAGUCAGUCUCUUCUCCGGCCAAGUAGAAAGUUCUAAAACACGACGCUUCUCCUCUCCGUCUAUUUUUCCGGCUAAGCUAAGCUUAAAUUCGAAUGGCUUUCUUUACCAAAGCUGGGAACAUUCUUCGGCAGGCUGUUAGCAAGCAGCGCAUCAAUCAUGAAAUAUCUGCAUCCAAGCCUUCAAUUUUUCAACUUAUUAGAUGCAUGUCUUCUUCAAAACUUUUUGUGGGAGGAAUCUCAUGGAACACGAAUGAUGACGCUCUCAAACAAGCUUUCAGCAAGUACGGAGACGUUGUUGAAGCAAGAGUAAUUGUGGAUCGCGAAACUGGAAGAUCUAGGGGAUUUGGCUUCGUUACUUUCAAUAGUUCUGAGGAUGCCAGCGCUGCUAUCCAGGCUUUGGACCAACAGGAGCUUGAUGGUCGUAGGAUUAGGGUAAAUAUAGCAAACGACAGGACAAGAGGAUACGGAGGAGGUGGUGGUGGAGGAUUUGGAGCUGGUGGUUAUGGUGGUGGUGGUAAUUAUGGAGCUGGUGGUUAUGGUGGUGGUGGAAAUUAUGGCAGCGGAGGUGGUGGUGAUGCUAAUGUUGCCGGUAGUUAUGGAGCCAAUAAUUAUGGAAGCGGAGAAAGCAGCUUUGGCUUUGGGACAAGUGGCGGGAACAACUUUCCAAGUGGUGACAGCUAUGCCAGUGAAAACCAGAACUUAGGUGCUGCUGCUGCAGGCAGUGGUGACACUUAUGGUACUGGCGAGGCUGCGAGCAACAGUUUCACAAGCAGCUUUGGCAGCAAUGAUCAAUUUGGCAAUGUUGAUACCAGUAACCAAGCUGAAACUGGUGAUGUUAAUAGCCCAGUUGAUGCAGGUGAAGAUUUCAGAGAUGACAAUGUUGAGUCCGGUGAUUAUGCCAACAGAAGAGCCUGAAGCUAUAAGCCUUUUGCUGCCUAAUGCUAUUGAUAAAAGAGAAGAAAUCGAUGGAAGAUGAGCUCGCUUCCUUCUAUUGCUUAGCAGUUUACCUCUUUCAUAGACCACCGUUUUCUCAUCCUAGCUCUAUUCCUCUCUUCUGUUUUUGUCUUGGACUUGAGAUUUUUGUUCCAUGUUGCUUUUAUUUAAACUCAGUUUGGAUCCCUCUUUCCCGUGGGGAAAUAGAGAGGAAGUCACAACGGUAAAUGUAGACUGGUUAUUAUUAUCUUCUUUCUGUGUCUUGUUGAACUAUCGUUCUCCUUUAAUAACUUGUAUUAUGAUUGGAGGUGCU